AUGAAGAUCUGGACCUCCGAGCAUGUCUUCAACCACCCCUGGGAAACAGUCACAGCGGCUGCGAUGCAGAAGUACCCCAACCCGAUGAACCCCAGUGUGGUGGGCGUCGAUGUCCUGCACAGGCGUGUGGACCCCUCGGGUAAGCUGCACAGCCUGCGGCUUCUGAGCACGGACUGGGGCCUGCCCUCUCUGGUGCGAUCUCUUACCGGUGCAUCUCGAACAAAGACAUACGUGCGGGAGCAUUCUGUAGUUGACCCAGUAGAGAAAAAGAUGGAACUGAAAUCCACUAAUAUUUCCUUUACAAAUGUGGUCUCUGUGGACGAGAGGCUCAUCUACAAGCCUCAUCCUCAGCACCCGGACAAAACGCUUCUCACUCAGGAAGCCAUCGUCACCGUCAAGGGCGUCAGCCUCAGCAGCUACCUGGAAAGUCUGAUGGCGAGUAGCAUCUCUUCCAACGCUAGUAAAGGUCGAGAAGCCAUAGAAUGGGUAAUAAACAAAUUAAACGCUGAGAUUGUAGAAUUGACGGCCUCCGCUAGAGGAAGCAUAAGGACGCCAAUGGCAGAGGCAGCGUUUGGAGAAAAAUGA